AUGCUCAUUUUUGACUUCUACUCGAAGCUUGAUGUUUUGGAUGCCCGCUUGCGGCAGUUCUCUUUGACGAACGCAACCUGCACAUGCUGCAGCACAGGCCACACUGACCGAGAAGGCAAGGUUAUCCACUGCGACCGAAAGAUCAUUAUUCAGUGCCUGUGCCAGUGGUUUGGGUCAGAGGCAGCCUCUGAGGCCAAUAUCUCCUCAACAGUGGCUGAUUCAUUGAGAGACAAGUUGAGCAGGUUUCCCUUUCAGUACUGGAUGUUUCUCUCCUUUACAGUUCCCCUCGUCUGGGCUUUCAUGGACCAACUGGCAGCACGCAUCCGGGAUGAAGCCUGGGAAGAGGCAGGAGCGCUUUGCUUCGACAUCCUUUCGAGAUUUUUCAACGUGCUGCCGGCGGUCUUCGCCUUUACGGUCACCAUGGUGCACGCAGUGCAGCGCGUCCGUUGCAGCAGAAAGGCACCGCUCAGGUGGCUUUGCCGCGCUGCAGUCGCUUUGCUCCACCUGCUGCCGCCCUUGGGAUCUCAGCUUUGCAACACACUUCUUGAAAAUCGAUUGCAGAGCGAGGCGCUGUUCUUCGCCCUGACCAUCAUUCCUGCCUUGGCCGCUUGGCGCCUUUGUGGGCGCGAGGCAAAGGGCGCCAAAGCCUUGCCACAGCACCAGCAGCAGCCCCGCGCUCGGCCACGUUGGGGGACCUUUGGACGGACUGCGCCGAUGCUGCUGCGAAUGCAAUGGCUCCUGGGGAAGGCGCAGGAGCUGAAGGAGGCGUCGCCCAGCUUCGUGGUGGCUGGCAGAAGGGUGCAGCAGCGCAAGCUGCUGGCGGACGGGGGCUUCGCCUAUGUCUUCGCGGGUUUGGAUGCCGACACCGGGGAGCGCCUGGCCAUUCGCCGGGUGCUUCUGCAAGACAAGGAGGCCCUGGCCAAGGCCAAGGUGGAGAUCGAGCUGCUGAGCGGCCUCUGCGACCAUCCCCACGUGGUGCGCUUCCAGGGCGCGGAGAUCUUCCAACGAGGAGCGGGGGCUGAAGCCGUCUACAUCUUCGAGCUGUGCCCGAACGGCACGCUGCUGGCGCACAUCGAGGCCCACAAGGACCAAGCGAAGGCCCAGGGCCGGGAGCUGCUGCCGUAUUGCUGCCCCUGCCUCGAGGAGAAAGACAUCCUCGACGUCUUAGGAGCAACAGCACAGGCACUCGCCUAUCUCACCCGGCUGGGAAUGAUUCACUAUGACGUGAAGAGCGAGAACCUGCUGCUGGGCAACGACGGGCUGUGGAAGCUGGGAGACUUCGGUUCUGCCUCAGAGCACAGCUUUGACCUAGAGAAGGCAGAGAAGAAGGCGCUGCUGGAGGCCCAGGAGUUCAUCCACGGGCGCUGCACGCCCAUGUACCGCGCACCCGAACUAGCUGACGUGUAUCUUCGCUGGAAGAUUGGCCCGAAGGUAGACAUCUUUGCGCUAGGCUGCAUCAUUUUCGCUACCAUGACAGGACAGCACCCAUUCCCCAUGGAGUCCACGUGUGGGAACAUCACUGCGAGCUACCGACUCCCGCCGGAGGCGACAGAGUGCUACUCUUCAGUUCUGCUGGGCUGGCUGCGGGGCCUGCUGGCCCGGCUGCCCGCGGAGCGGCCCUCGGCGGUGCGCCUCGCGGCGGAGGUGGAGCGCUUCAAGCUCGGCGAGCCGCCGGCGCCAGCCCCGGCCCCGGCGACGUCGUCAGCCCGGCCGACGAAGGCGGCGCCGGCGCAGACGAUGGCCGCGCCCGAUGCGUCACCGUGGCAAGCCGACUUUGCCACCUUCUCGCCCGUGCAGGACUCGGUGAAUGGCGAGUGA